UUGGAUGAUUUCACUCCUGUCAAAAUGUGCAUCAGAUAUCUUGGAUUUCUUCUUCUCAUUUGGUUUCCUGGAGCAUUACAUGCACUAAGUGGGCAACAACGUUGUCGUGCUCCCAAACUGGAUCAUGGUUAUUUUGUCCCUGAUGAAAAGUCUUAUACUCAUGAAACCAGUCUCACUUAUGCCUGUGAUAAGGGGCAUAAGCCAGUAGUGGAGGGUUGGUGGGCAAGAAGUACAUGUCAAGACGGGCAAUGGUCUCAUGAACCACAAUGUAUAGAUGAAAACGCUUGCAUUCCACCAACUAUCCCGAAUGCAAAAUACACUGAAAACUUAAAUGGUUGGUAUGAUAAUGGACAUAAAAUAAAAAUAAAAUGUGACAUUGGUUAUGAACACAAAAACUGGAGCGCCUUGGCUGAAUGUACAAAUGGAACAUGGUCCUCUUUGCCGCCGGUCUGUGAGAAAAAACUCCAAGCAUGUGAUGAGCCUCCUAAAAUCCCCCAUGCAGUAAUCAUAUAUGGGGGAUACCAGGAUGUGUUUGAUGCAAAAUCAGUACUACAGUAUGAAUGUGAAGAAGGAUUUACUGUAAACGGAGUAAACACCAAUAAAACCAUCAUUUGCACCAAUGGAAACUGGACUUCAGGCCCACAGUGCGACAGCAGACCAGAUACUGGAAGGGAUGGAUCUGCAGCAGGGGGAGGAGGUAACACUUGUGGAGGACACAGUACAUCUGCUGGCUGUGGGACACGGCCUACAGACAGCAAACCAGAUGCUGGAAGGGGUGGAUCUGCAGCGGGGGGAGGAGGAUCAUCCUCCAGCUCCGGAGGGAAUGACAGAGAGGGAGGACAUCACACCACAAUCUCCAAUUGUGGAAGAAUCCCCAGAGUUUCUAAUGGAGAUGUUGUGGAAACUGGACCACUGUUUUUGAAAUACCAAUGCAUUUCUUUUUACAAAAGAGUGGGUCCACAGAGAGUGGUGUGCUACAGUGAUGGCACAUGGUCACAAGUACCAACCUGCAAAGCCGCCUUCUGUGAAGUGGACACUGCUGAUUAUUCUCAGUUGAAAAAUGUUGGAGUUAAAUUUAUAAGCGAUGGUGAAGAUGUGAGAUUGGAAUGUGAGAAACUAAAAUGGUACUGGUUUAAUGAUCAUCAUUCUGCGGUCCAGUGCACUGAUGGAAGAAUAACGCUCGGCAGAUGUUGUAGCUGGGUAAAUGAUCUGCUGGAUUGCUAAGGCUGUACCACCAAGAGAAAGACACUGCUGCCUUUGGAUUUGUCCACAACUGACUGAAGACCAGCCUGGAAACUUUUAACAGACACCUACAUUAUGCUCAUGCUGUGACACACUGUGCUGGGCUUUUCAAAAUAACAAAUCAUUCGCUUUUUUUCCCAACUAUGUAUGUCUACAUCAUUUAGGAGCAAACGUUUUGUCUAUAUGCUCAAAGCUGUGAAAAUAACUUGACAGAUAAAUAUGUUGCAUAUUUGAUGAACUGUCCUGAAUAAAACCUUUGACUGGAA